AUGGAACAAUCAAGCACUGUAAAAGAAAUUGUGGAUACGCUCAAAAGUCUUACAAUGAAAGUUCAGUCAAAAGUAGCAAAAGCUGAGAAAGCCCUUGAAGAUGUGAACGCAACCACUGACCUUAUCACAGCAAGUAUAACUGGACUAAAAAACAGUGUACAUAAUACAGCUACUGAAAUGGUACGACAUAUUCGCCUUGCUGAAGAGGAGAUGAUCAAUGAAAUAGACCGGAUUCAAAGCAAAAAGUUCCAUGGUCUGAAAAAGCAGACAAAACAACUGCAAAAUUGUCUCGAGACUUUUGAGUAUGGAAAGAUUUACGCUGAUCAUUCUUUGAAGUAUCUAAGUGAGGUAAGGAUUGAGAUAAGGAUUUUAGGCUACGUUUACACUUAACUACACCAGAUAGCCUUCCGCAGCUGCGCUAAAAAGCACCAGAUCUGAUACGAAAUGUAAAACUUUCAGAAGCUUAGCGAAACACCUAACAUCUCUCCAAUAAUUACCCUGAAGAUCGCGUUUCUAAAAGGUAGGGAUAAGUGUUUUGGACGUCGCUGCCAUGGUGAGAACAUCUCUGGGCUAUCUAGAAGUGAAUGGGAAUGUCAUUAUUAACGGUUGUGUGCGUGAGUUGGACGAUUUGGAAAAUUUGAAACUCGAAAUUUCAGAACCUCCGCCGGAUUUGAAAGGGAUAGGUGUGGAUAUACGAGGUCCAGGCGGUGAACUGCUCAGUCCAGUGAAGAAGGAAAGAGGUAACUACUGUAUAGAAAUCAAGGACACUCAGUUACACGACACAGGAUUCGGCUGCCACGAUAUCGAAUUUAACGAUUACAGGAAUAACUUAACACGAGAGUUGGCAUGCGUCACGCGACCUUGGUUAGCUGGUCUUAAUGAUUUCCCAACACUAUCAUGUAUUCUAACUUUAAAGCCCCGUUUAUACUACGCUCAAUUUUUGGUACGGUACGGAUAAAAUUAGUACCCGUACCACUUUUUUGGUUCUUGGACUACCUAUUUAGGUAGUCCAAGAACCAAAAAAGUGGUACGGUACCAAAAAUCGAGCGUAGUGUAAACGGGGCUUAAUUUUGCUAGGUUUUUGAAACGAAAAAAGUGGUACGGAUAUCAAUUUUAUCCGUGCCGUACCAAAAAUCGAGCGUAGUGUAAACGGGGCUUAAGUUAAAACACUGAAUUGGAACACUCAUCAAACCCUUAUUUUGUUAAUCUAGACCAUGAAAUGUUCCCCGUAAAAAUGCCGGCCAAUAGACCUUUCCCCUUUUAAGUGAAAUUUUGAUCUAGACUAGCCUGGACAAAUAUUUCAUCACAGCUUGAAAGAGCAUCACAAAAUUAGUAAUAUUCCGAAGUUUUGUUGCGAAAUGUUGUAAAAUGCAGAUAAUAUAGCCUUGCGAAGUUUGCCGUUUUUCAGUCAUUUGGUAUUACAAACGGGAAAUUGAUAAUCAUAUGAUCAAACUGAUUAUCAAUUUCCCGUUUGUAAUACCAAAUGAUCAUGACUGAAAAACGGCAAUUUGAAACUUCGCAAGGCUAUAUUAUCUGCAUUUUACAACAUUUCGCAACGAAACUUCGGAAUAUUACUAAUUUUGUGAUGCUCUUUCAAGCUGUGAUUAACGUUUUGUCUAGACUUGUCUAGAUCAAAAUUUCACUUAAAAGGGGAAAGGUCUAUUCCCAUCAACUCUCAUCCUUGUUUGAACAUAUGACAAAAUAAAACGAAAAUUGUUAAUGGAGGAAAUUUUGUGGGCAGUAGACAUUACUCCUGAACAACAAAUGUUGAGGUGAUAAAAGCGAAUCCGGUAUCGUGUAACUGGGCAUCAACCGACUCUCUUCCAUAGUCCAUAGACGAUCGACGAAUGUUUUUCCGCUAACAUAUUACAUUCAAUCAAGAACUAAUAUAUUAGGGGAUUACAUUCACUUACACCAUUGUUUAAUUCAAAAAGCGACUCAGUACUUUUAGUGUGGCGGAUAUGUGCAUGGAUGUUUCCGAAGAGGGUUAAAAGCACCAAAUUGUGCACAGUAGCAUCUUUUUAUAGUAGAACAACAUGCAAAAGUGGGGCCAUCGUGAAACUGUUUUUUAGAGAGUUACGAUGCUAUUAGCAUUAUUCGCUAUUAAAUUUUACUACAACAAAAAAUAUGAAAUUUUGAAUUCAAUCGCGACAAAUAUAACUUGCAUCAUCAGAAAGCUUGUAAAAAACUACAUAAAAGACUUUUAAACAGUUUUUUUAUUCUUCAAAUGGUUAUUGCUGUAAAUUAGGCACAUUAUCUCGCUAAAAGUCCCUAAUUAAUUAUUCGAUGUUUGAAAAUGCAUUUUUAACAGUUUAUAAUUCGAAAACUAUUUCAGAAAUCAAAAAACUGCCUAAACGUCUUAUAUGCAGUUUUUUAUAAGCUUUCUGAUGAUGCAAGUCAUAUUUGUUGUAAUUGAAUACAAAAUUUCACAUUUUUUGGCUAUAAUAGAAUUCAAUAGAAGAAAAUCACUAAUCACCCGUUUUCAGGAGUUAGCAGCAAAAUAUCUAUUAAGCAAAUAAAACUACAUCAAUUGUAAAAGUUUGAUGCUUUUAACCUCAACAGGAACUACUGAUCAAUAAUUUUACACAUAUCCGCCUCACUAUUUUGUGUGCGAGUUCACUCAUUUGCAUCCGUCAGAAACACAAAAUCGCCGACAAAAUUGCUUGUGUGAACCAGGCUUUAAGAAAUUACAGAUUCUUAUUUGUCAUUUCUCAGAUAAUCCAGGUAGUUACGGGGCAGAUUUUCAAUCAGAGAGGCUUGGUACUCACAGUGUAUUGAUCACACUUGAUGGACUUCCAGUCCCAGGAUCUCCAAUUGAAGUUGUGCUUGGUAGGCCUGCGUUAUCACCGGUCAACGGUUCUCCACCAGCGACGUCAACACGUAGUGUAAGAAGUAAUCCAAGGAAGCCUGGGGAACUUUGGGAUGUUCAUGGCAUUGCUAUUGGCAAAGAUGGAAACAUAGUGGUCACUGAUUCGAAAUGUCACCGAAUUCAGGUAAUUUAUACGGAUAAUCUAUUUUCUAAGAAUAAUCUCUGAAUUCUACGAUUGUUAUAUGUCUAUUACCUAUUUGUUAUAUGUUGCUAAUAAUCAUUCUUUUUUCAAAAUCAUGUAGACCUUUAUAAUUUAAAUAUGGCCAGGGUCAAACGUCGAACUUUUCAUGCGCCGAACCUAAUGCAAAUGAAGUGAAACAAAGAACUUGGCUCAUUGAUAUUAGGUUCGGCGCAUGAAAAGUUCGACGUUUGCCCUGGCCUAAUAUACCUUUAAAAUACUGACAAUUGAUGAAUUUUAAGCGGUUACAUUGUCCAUGACAAACUGCAAAGAAUGAAGAUCAAAGUCCAGGAGGAAUGGCAUUUCAUAGACUCUAAAUUUAAAAAUUUCCCCUAUAGUCUUGGACCUUCGGCCCUCGUUUUCAGCCCCCCUCCUCCCCCCAUCAAAACGUGCUUUCUUUUGCAGUGUGUUUAUUGACAUUGUUGACUUUCACAUCUGAGAGUUUCAUACACAUGAACAAAUGUUUCGUUGUCUAAAAACUGGCACGACUAGCUUUGGAACAAGGCUCCUUGGUAAGGAAACAUUGCCAAUUUUUUUGCCGUAAACAUGACAAAAUUACCCGUGUCUACGGUCAAAGUUUUUUUUGUCUUGGCAAGUUUCUUUUUAUAUACUUCAAUCAUGGAAAUUAAUUCGUAAACUUUUCAAACAAUUCCCAAUCCCCCCUCCCCGUUUACAAUGGUUUGUGGUCCAAUAACCAUGGUUUGAACCAACAUUGUGGUAGGGGGAGGGGGGGGGGGGGGUUACUAUUUCUAGCGAUCAUGGACGUUUAUAUUAACUAAAAAUAAAAUGGCUUUACAAGAUAGUAAGACAAGAUGCGUUUUAAAAAGGUCUACGGGGAUAUUAUUUCCAUGAUUGUUGCUUAUGCGUACGAAGAAAUAAAAAUUUUCUCCAUAGACUAACUUUUAAGAAAAGAAAUUUCUGGUAUAACUUCAUUGGUUUCGUCAUUUGUAGAUAUUUGACAACGAUUGUAAGUAUCUGCGAAGUAUCAGUUGUCAUGGUGACGAUGAUGAGUUAUUUCAUCCAUAUGACGUCACACUUGACGAGGACGACAACAUUAUCACACUGGAUCGCGAUAAGACAACAAUCAUGGUGACGUCACCACUGAAUUUGGCAGCGUGGGGUCUGGCGACGGGCAAUUUAUUAACCCAUCCUAUUUGA